AUGGAUGAAGCUGAUCGUAAACGUUUUGUACUAGAAUUAGAAUUUGUCCAGUGUUUAUCAAAUCCGGAUUAUCUACAAUGGUUAGAGAAAGAGGGUUAUUAUAAAGAUCCAUCAUUUAUAAGAUAUCUGAAAUAUUUAUUAUAUUGGUGUAACCCACCAUAUUCAAGUUAUUUGUCUUAUCCACAUUGUUUGAGACUUUUAAAAGCCUUGCAAAGUCCAAGUUUCAGAGCUAAACUUAGUAAUGAUGAAGCAAUACAAACAAUUAGAGAUCAACAAUCCUUUCAGUGGGUAAGUAUACAAACUCAGAUCUUCUUUUUGGAGCGAGUAUCAUAA